GUAUUUUGGCCACACCAACCAUCACUGAAAACGCUACCUGGAUUUGGCUUCUGUUAAAAAAAACGGGGAUUAUUAAUAAAAACAUAUAGGCUAGCUCUUAAAAGAGUGUUGUGUGCUGUUAAACUAAUCGUUAAUUAAAUCAGCAAUACGAAUAUGGCGCGUGCCCAGAGUCCCGCCGGCGAGGGUGAGAAGGAAAAGGACAACAAGGAGAAGGAUACCAAAGAGAAGGACGGUAAGGCGGCAACUAGCAGCUCCUCGCGUAGGGAGCGAGAACGCAAGCGACGCGGAUCGGCGUCAUCUAGCAGCGACUCCAGAAGCAGCUCAUCCGACAGCAGCUCAUCGCGCAGCAGUUCCGGCUCAGACUCACGAUCCAGUUCAAGCAGCUCCAGCGACUCCUCGAGCUCCUCAUCAUCAUCGUCCAGUGACUCAGAUCGCAGCGAAAAGAACCGAAGACGUGGAGGGGGAGCUGCCGGCAAGGAUAAAGACAAGGAGAAGCCCAGCGCUCGAUCCCGCUCUCGCACUCGUUCGCCCAGACGGGUUUCCAAAUCUCCCAGACCGGGCAGCAAGGCGCGAAAGGAACCAGAACGAGAUCGCGAACGUCGUAGUCGUUCUCGGGAUCGUGCCCGUCGUGCUGUAUCCAAUGACAGGCCGGCAGUCGAAGGCAAUAAUGUAAAGCGCGAGCGUUCUCGUUCGGCCAGCCGCUCACGAUCACCACGCCGUCGUGGUCGUGGCUCUGUGGAGAGGACGCCGCCACCGAAGCGGAGGGAGCGCUCCCGGUCGCGAACACGUUCGCCGACGCCGAAGCCGGUGCGUAUUCAUGUUGGCCGGCUUACCCGCAACGUGACCAAGGACCAUGUAUUCGAGAUCUUCAGCAGUUUUGGAGACGUGAAGAAUGUAGAGUUUCCUGUAGAUCGAUAUCAUCCGAAUUUUGGACGCGGCGUGGCCUUUGUGGAAUACGCUACUUCCGAGGACUGUGAAUCGGCCAUGAAGCAUAUGGAUGGCGGGCAAAUCGAUGGCCAAGAAAUCACUGUGUCGCCAGUUAUCAUACCUAAGCAACGGCCGCCAAUGCGUCGCCCCUCUCCUCCGAUGCGCCGUCCGCAGAACAACCGCUGGCGAUCCCCACCCCAGUUCAAUCGGUUCAAUAAUCGCGGUGGAGGUGGCGGUGGCGGCGGUCGUCGUCAGUCGCCCAUGAGGAACAGGCGUUCACCUCGCCGCCGGUCCCGCUCACCCAUUCGCCGCCGGCGUCGCAGCAACAGCAGUGACAGCUCUCGCUAGAGGACACUGCUUGACUCCUAGUUUCUACAAUUGACACACGAUAAAUGCACUUUCUUUUAUAUUAUAAUCUAUAAUAAUAAACG